AUGAUCCAAACUAUCAUAUUCGUUGCUGUGACUGUGUUCAUCAAGGCCGCUGCUGAAGUAAGACAAGGUUGUCCCGCUGGACAAACGUGGUUGGCAACUGGUUGCAGAGACCACAGUCAAUGCUCCACGUAUGCGACUAAGCCUUAUUAUUGUUACAAAGCACCAUCCAAUUCUGGUGAAUGUUGUCAGAUUACGUCACCAGUAUGCGGAAAUGGUGGCACUGUAGUGAAGGCGCCGUGGGGCUGUAGUUUUUCGCUAGAUUGCACUGCUUAUACAGACCAGCCGGUCACAUGCGACAAUGGACUGUGCUGCACAGUAUCACCACCCGCUGAUUGUGAUUACGGUGGCACAUUUACGGGACACUUUUGCAACUCACCGUACGAUUGCAGACGAGAUGAAACAAAGUUUAUCACCUGCUUGAGUGGCAGAUGCUGCACGAUACCACCAAAUUGUCCAUACAAUCGCGCACCUAUUGCUGUUGGAUGUGCGAACACAGGUGCUUGUCUUGGUUUGGCACAUGGAAUUCCACAACAGUGCCCAAAUGGAAGCGAUUCGAUCGCAAUGGAAUGCCAGAAUGUCUUUCAGUGUUUGCAGUUUUCGAUGGCUGUAAUGUGGCUUGUACCAGUGCGUUGUGCUGCGUUAUGCGAUGAAAUUCUCAUCGUGUUCAUCUGCAAUGCCGAAAUUGCUUAUGCUAAUUAA